GCUCCCACUCCACCUCCGCUCCGCAACGAGAGAGAAGGGGGGAAAAAUAUCAACCACCAGGUUGAUUGAUUCGCACACGAAACCAAUCGCAGUCAAGUAUCGUCCCAGUCCCAGGAACAGGGUCUUUGGGGUGGGGGGUGUCCAAAGAUUUUGGCAUCCGUGGUCCAUAGGAGCUCCAGCUCCAGGUGAUUUCUUCUUGGAUUGCUGCGUCUCUUGCUCUGUGACUGCCCGAGAUGCUGUCUCUGAGCUGCCCCGGGGUGUCCAUGAGCAAGAAGGCGUCCGAUUUGGGGAAGCUGGCAUCCUGCCGCUGCAGCUGGCCCGUCACGCGCGCGGCGCCGAGGCGGCGGCGCACGCCAUGUGUUUGCUUCGUUGCCUCACCCGCCACCCAGCCUGGCCUUGCUGCAGUUGGCGUGCCCCCGCAGACGAUUCCUACUGCGACGACGGCAAGCGUCCCUGAACGCAUUUCUGUUUCGUCACUGUUGGAGGUCGUCUCGGACGACCUGCUCAACCUCAACACCAAUCUCAAAUCGCUUGUUGGUGCAGAAAAUCCAGUUUUAGUUUCUGCAGCAGAACAAAUUUUUGGUGCUGGUGGAAAGAGAUUAAGACCAGCUUUAGUUUUUCUGGUGUCCAGAGCAACUGCUGAAUUAGCUGCUUUGUCGGAGCUAACUACAGAACAUCAGCGCUUGGCAGAGAUAAUAGAGAUGAUUCAUACUGCAAGUUUAAUACAUGAUGAUGUCAUAGACGAUAGUGGGAUGCGAAGAGGAAAAGAGACGAUCCAUCAGCUCUAUGGCACACGGGUGGCUGUGCUUGCCGGUGAUUUUAUGUUUGCGCAGUCUUCUUGGUUUCUCGCAAACCUAGAAAACAUUGAAGUUAUCAAGCUCAUCAGCCAGGUAAUCAAAGAUUUUGCCAGUGGUGAGAUAAAACAAGCAUCCUCUCUUUUUGACUGCGACAUCACCCUUGAUGAUUAUCUGCUCAAGAGCUAUUAUAAAACCGCUUCCCUGAUCGCUGCAAGCACAAGGUCUGCCGCCAUAUUCAGCGGUGUCGGCACCAGUAUAUGUGAACAGAUGUAUGAAUAUGGCAGGAAUCUUGGGCUCUCUUUCCAGGUAGUGGAUGACAUUCUUGAUUUCACCCAAUCAGCCGAGCAACUCGGCAAACCAGCAGGCAGCGAUCUGGCCAAGGGAAACCUGACAGCCCCAGUCAUUUUCGCGCUGCAAGACGAGCCGCGAUUACGGGAGAUAAUCAAUUCUGAGUUCAGCGAACCUGGCUCCCUUGGCGCAGCGAUAGAGCUGGUUCACCGGAGCGACGGGAUCAGAAGGGCCCAGGAGCUCGCCAAGGAGAAAGGUGACCUGGCCAUACAGAGCCUGCAGUGCCUUCCGAGGAGCGAGUUCAGAAGCACCCUUGAGAAGGUGGUGCACUACAAUCUGCAGAGGAUUGAGUAGGUAGCAGCUUCGCUCGGUUUCUCUGAAAGAUCCGGUAUGGCCGUACAGGGCUCCAUGUGGAUUUGGAGUAGCUCCCUGCAGAAAUCCAUGUUUUUUAGUGGUAUCAUGCUGGCUCCGGGGAGAUCAUUGGCGCAGCAGCCAUCACAUGCGAGUAUGCAACCGACACUGCCGCCUACCCACCACCAACCUCGUGGGAGCAUUUGCUUUUGCAGCUCAUGUAUGUAUGUAGCAUCUGCAAGGUAAAUAAGAAAAAGGCAGCAUAUUGUAUAGUUGAUCUUUUUUUUCCAUUUCUUUUGGUUCUAGCUUGUUGUAGCUGUUGAAAUGUUGUAGCAAGUAAAGCCAGGUAAAUUGUUCCGGACAGCUACGAAAAUAACGCGUUAAUCUACAACUGUAUAUUAUGAGAUUGUGAUGAGCAACGCGUUCUGGAAGGC